AUGUGGGCCUGCAAGAAGUUGAAGUUUGAUUUAGCCAGUGCGGGGAAAGUUCGGAAGUUGCAAUUGAAUCAGCUGGUCGAAUGGCAAAGGGAUGCCUAUGAAAAUGCCAAGAUAUAUAAGGAUAAAAUGAAGAAAUGGCACAACGACCGCAUCAAUGACCAGACAUUCACCAAAGGCCAACAGGUGUUGUUAUUUAAUGCACGUUUGCGACUGUUCCCAGGAAAGUUGAAGUCUCGCUGGUCGGGGCCAUUUCGAAUCAAGUCAAUCUUUCCUCACGGAGCAGUGGAAUUAACAACUUUAGAUAGGAGCAGCGCAUUCAAAGUCAAUGGUCAGCGGAUCAAACCCUACUAUGGAGGCGACUUCGAUCGCUGCAUGGAUAACAUUGACUUGGGCAAGCAAGAUUAG